AUGCCGUCCCCGGGAUCGCGAUCGCCUCCCCGUCGCGUGACGCGCGGUGCGCUCGCGCGCUUCGCUUACCACGCCGACAGCUCCUCCUCCAAGGAGAACACCGCGCCGCCCUCCGUUACCGACAUCGAGGACGCCGUGUCCGACCAGACUUCGGCGACGACAACGCGCAAGCGGAAGCGAACCGUCCAGCCGGCCCCCUCUUCCACAUCGUCCGCGAUCGCGGUCAAGACCGAGUCACUGGAAGUAGAGACCGCUACCAAGCCGUCCACGCCCCGCCGAGCCCGCAAACCCGCCCGCAAGACCAUCGAUCCGGCCACCAACGAGACGUCGGUCGCGCCGCCCUCGGACUGGGAGGAGAUGUACGACCUGGUCAAGGAGAUGCGGCUGAGCGGGCCGGCGGCCAACGCGGCCGUCGACACCAUGGGGUGCGAGCGGCUGGCGCUGCCGACGGCGUCGCCGCGCGACCAGCGCUUCCACACGCUGGUGGCGCUGAUGCUGUCGAGCCAGACCAAGGACACGACCAACGCGGUGGCGAUGCGGCGGCUGCAGACGGAGCUGCCGGGCCACGGGCCGGGGGCGGCCCCGGGGCUCACGCUCGAGAACAUGCUGGCGGUGGCGCCGGAGCGGCUCAACGAGCUCAUCUGGGCCGUCGGCUUCCACAACAACAAGACGCGGUACCUGAAGCAGACGGCCGAGAUCCUGCGCGACCGCUGGGCCGGCGACAUCCCGGACUCGAUCGAGGGCCUGGUGGCCCUGCCGGGCGUCGGCCCCAAGAUGGCCCACCUGUGCCUCAGCGCCGCCUGGGGCCGCACCGAGGGCAUCGGCGUCGACGUGCACGUCCACCGCAUCACCAACCUGUGGGGGUGGCACAAGACCAAGGGCCCCGAGGACACCCGCCUGGCCCUGCAGGCCUGGCUGCCCCGCGACCGCUGGCGCGAGAUCAACGGGCUGCUGGUCGGCCUCGGCCAGACCGUCUGCCUGCCCGUCGGCCGCAGGUGCGGCGACUGCGAGCUGGGCCUGCGCGGGCUGUGCCGCGCCGCCGAGCGCGGCAAGGUCCUCCAGGGGCGCAAGGCGCGCGAGGCCAAGAUCGAGGUCGGGGAGGGCGGCGACGUGGUCAAGAAGGAAGAGGUCGAGACCGAGGACGUCGUGGUGAAGGAUAUAGUGAAGAACGAGGACGUGGACGAGAAGGUCAAGCUGGAGGAGCUGGAUCAGACACCCGGGCUGGACUCGGGUAGAAGAGCCAAGAAACGGAGGUGA